AGCUCAGCACGGACAACCGUUCUGUCAGAGAUGGCGCCCAGCUCGAAAUCAGAAAAGAAUGAUAGCAAACACAAAACACAAAGAAGACACAAAGACCAUAUCGUAAAGCUUCUCGUGAGAGGGAAGCUUUCAGGACAGUUCUCGCAGCAUCUGUUCAGGAAGCUCCCUCCUCGAGUGUGUGUUCCAUUAAAGAACAUUGUCAGUGAGGAGUACUUGAGAGCAGGGCAUAUCUUUCUUGGCUUCACCAAGUGUGGGCGCUACGUUCUGUCCUACACCAGGGACUGUGGAGAAGAUGAUGAUUUCUCUUUCUAUACCUACCAUCUCUAUUGGUGGGAGUUUAAUCUUCACAGUAGACUCAAACAGGUCCAAUAUGUGCGACUGUUUGCAGGCGAGGAAAUCUACAAUGACCUAUACCUCACUGUGUGUGGGUGGCCAAAUGACCAGUCUAAAAUUGUCAUCUUUGGUUUUAACUCUCUCCUAAUGAACCUGAUGAGCGCUGAGAACUACAGAGACAUCUACAUCACCAUCGUUUCAAUGCCUCCCCCUCAGCCUUGCCUUGAGUGCUGCACACUUCCCUCGAACACAUCCAUCCGCAAUGGAAGCGGUGAGUGUCUGGAGCACGGCUAUGUCCUCAACAGCAGGUAUCAGGUGGUGUACCCCUUUCCCACUUUCCAGCCAGCUUUCCAGUUGAAAAAGGACCAGGUCAUCCUGUUAAAUACGAGCUACUCUCUGGUGGCUUGUGGCAUCUCUCUCUGCCAAGACAAGCAGGGUCCGUCAUCUCAGAUUCUCUACACAAAGAGAGCGGCUUUGUCACGUCAUGCGUCCACAUCGUCCUCUCCCACCACCUCAGCUUCCUCACUGCCUCAGGGAUCUCCUGAUAGACAAUCAACACAGAGCAGGUUAACUCCUGUCCCCCCUUCUCCCAGCCAAUCACAAGCUGCGAUGCGAGCCCGAGAAUUUGCAGCUGACCUCUUCCGACGGGCCCAAGGUGGAGCUGGUGGAGGUGAAAAAGAGGGAGCACAGAAACCAUCAGAGCCGUUGGUGGUAAACGCUCAGCAGGAAGAGCAGGAUUGUCUUAAGACGAUGCAAAAAGAAACACAGACUUGUUUGCCACAAAUGUUGACAUCCGGCCAUAAUUUAACACAGUCCUCAAAGCAAAUUAUGUCUCCGGCGUCCUCUUCAUCAUCACCUUCAUCUCCUCCUACACCAUCUGCAUCUCAGGAGCUUGACCCCAGUGAACCUGGAUAUGUCAACUACUCAUGUCUGCACUACUGUCUCCAGCCGGGCUCACUGGAGCAGAAUACAGGAGGCGUUACAGGUUACGAAGACGAUAAAGUACAGCUGGCGUUCACGGUCACUGAUCUUAAAGGCCGGAGCCUGCAGCUGGUCUGCGAGCCACACGAUGGACAGAGUGUACGUGUAGAGCAGCUGACUCUGGACUUUGAGUAUCUAAUUAAUGAGGUGAUCAGGAGAGACGCUGCAUGGGCGCCACAGUUCUGCUCUUUCAGUGACUAUGAUGUGGUCAUUUUAGAGGUGUGUCCAGAGACCAACACUGUCAUGAUUAGCAUCGGCCUCCUGUUACUGGCCUUCUCCCCCUUGGAACAUUGCAGGCCCAACACAUACCAUUCAAACCUGCAGGUCAGUUGGGACCUUAACACAGGUGUGUGUUGCACUGUGGGUGUCGGUGACCUCUCAGAGGUUAAGGGUCAGACCAGCGGGCGUGUGUGGAGCUCUUACAGAAAGUCCUGCGUGAACACGCUGAUGAAAUGGCUCAUUCCUGAAAGCAGCUCACGCUACAUCAAUCGCAUGACCAAUGAAGGACUCCACAAAGGAUCAUCUCUUCAGGUGUUGGCUGAUAGCGACAGGUGCACCUGGAUUGUUCUGUGACGCGUCACAGAUCGAUGGGUAUGGAAUCAAAAGGAGCACCGCAUUAGUAAAACGGGCUCAACUGCACUGUGAUAACAUGUACACAAAAACUGUGCUCGGGGUCAUACACUUGUGUGUGUGUAUAUAUAUUUUUUUUUUUUACAAUUACAUAUUUGUUUUUACGUAAUGUAUACUUUGUAAGUACAAAAAGCAAACGCUGGACUGGACAAAGGUUCUGACAACCAUUCUAAGAGUUCUUUUCUUAUACAGUACAUGAAUAUACCUGAAGUGUUUUGUGUCUGCAAGUGAGUAUGUAUGUUGACCUGGACCUGUGAGAUAAAUUUAUUUGUAUUGUAUUUGUCUAAUGGGACUGAUUAUUGCUGCUUGUGACUACCUUGUUCCCUCAUGUGGCUGAAACUGGCCUGGACUCACAAGGCUGCAUUUUUUUCUCAUAGAAGAUAAAACUAAGAAAAAACCUAUGUUACUCUAAAUAUCUAUGAAUGAGUUCUAUCAAGUAUUUGAUUACUUGUCACUUUUUUCAAGUCUCAUACAUGUUUCACAGGUUAAUGUCAUGCGGUAUAUUCUUAGCAAGGAAGUAAGAAUCUUAAGAGAUUUUGUCAAAAUAAAAAAAUUAAAACAA